AUGAUUUAAUAGAAAAAAUAUUUUGAAGAUCUAGAAGAUGUCCUCCAUAUUGUUCAAAGUUAUAGUAAAUUUAGUGAUGAUGGUGUAUCUGUCUUAGGUUCUGCUUUAGCAAAGUGUACUAAUCUCUUAAAUUUGAGACUUGAUCUUUGUGAAAAUUAAAUUGGGGAUUAAGGUGCCUCUGCCUUAGGUACUGCUUUAGCAAACUGCGCUAAUCUUUCAAAUUUCACACUUGACCUUGGUAAAAAUUAAAUUGGUUAUAAAGGUGUAUCAAGCUUAGUUUCUGCUUUAGCAAACUGCACUAAUCUCUCAAACUUGAAACUUCAUUUUAUUUGUAAUGAAAUUGGUACAAUUAGUGGAUCAGGUUUAGGUUCUGGUUUAGGAAAGUUCACUAAUCUAACAAAUUUGACACUUGAUCUUCGUUACAAUAAAAUUGGUAUAAUUGGCGCAUUAGACUUAAGCUCUUCUUUAACAAAUUUGAUUAAUCUCUCAAAUUUGACACUUGAUCUUUUUGAAAAUUAAAUUGGUGAGUAGGGUGUCUCAGACUUAGGCUCUGCUUUAGCAAACUGCAAUAAUCUCUCAAAUUUCAACAUUGAUCUUGGUCUCAAUUAAAUUGGCGACGAAGGCGCAUCAGGCUUAGGUUCUGCUUUAGCAAAAUGCACUAAUCUCUUAAACUUGGAACUUUUUCUUAGUUUUAAUUAAAUUGGUGCAAUUGGUGCAUCAGGCUUAGGUUCUGCUUUAGCAAAAUGCACUAAUCUCUUAAACUUGGAACUUUUUCUUAGUUUUAAUUAAAUUGGUGCAAUUGGUGCAUCAAGUUUAGGUUUUUCUUUAAAAAACUGCACUAAACUCUCAAAUUUGACACUCCAUCUCAUCAAUAACUAAAUUGAACAGUUAGAAUAAUUGAAAAUAAAGAGAAAAUGUCUUAAAUCAAAAAGAUUAGUUACCUUUGAAAUACAUUUCUAUAAAUGGUGGUGA